AUGUUUCUUCUGAUGGGCCUCCUGCUGUUGGCUGCUGUGUUACAACAAUCUCUAGGACAGGUUGAGCAUGGUGAAAUUGGUGCAGAUCAGCAGAAGGAAAUCCUUGACAAACACAACGCUAUCAGGAGAAAGGUGAAGCCACCCGCCAAAAACAUGCUGAAAGUGACAUGGAAUGAGAAAGCUGCCAUGAGUGCUAAAAAAUGGGCUAAGCAGUGUAAAAAAGUGAUCAGCCCCAAAGAGAAGAGAAUUGUGGAUGGAAUCCCUUGUGGUGAGAAUCUAUUUGAAGCAACUCAUCCCACCACCUGGUCAGAUGUAAUCCAAAAAUGGGGUAGUAAAGAGUCUAAUUUCAAGUAUAACUUUGGACCACGUUAUGGAAAGAAUGAAAGUGACGUCUAUACUCAGCUCAUUUGGUAUAAUUCACACAUGGUUGGAUGUGGAUUUGCCUACUGCCCAGAGUUGACUUUGCCUUACUAUUAUGUCUGCCAUUAUUGCCCUGAAGGGAACUUAGUGACAAAACUGCGACAACCCUACAAGAACGGUCAAUCAUGCGGAGACUGUCCUGGCAACUGUGAACAUAAACUCUGCACCAAUCCAUGCAAAUAUGUUGAUCGAAUCUUUGACUGCGAAAUGCUGAAAGCAAUGGCCAGUUGUACUGAAGAUUUGUUGAAAGAGAAUUGCCAAGCCACCUGUAAAUGCCCAACAGAAAUUAAGUAA